CCAAAGGCAAGUUUUACGGGUUGAGAAAGUGUAAAUGUCAUUGAUAAAAGGGCGUGUCACAUUUGCAUGUUUUACAAUAUUAGACUACCAUUGAGACCUCAUCCAGUGGUUCUCAAACAUGAGGGAGAGUGAGAGGGAGCGCACCUCUUCCGAAGAUGGAUGACAAUAUCAGCCAGAAGUUCUUACGUUUAUCUUAAAAGUCUCAUUCAGGUUCUUUCAUUGUGAGUGCUAAAAAUGAUGUCCAAGAAGCCAAGGUGGCAUGAGACCUCUAAGACCAAUAAACCUACACAGAAGACAGGUGGGAAGGAACCAGCGGCAUCAACAGUACCUGUAUUUAGUGGCGGUAAACAGGCUGGCAGCAGUACGUCUAAAACCAGUUAUGUUAGUUAUGGAAGGAGCAAGAGCCUCAGCAGCAGAGGUAGUGACUCGAUUUCUGGUGGCAGUAAGGCUGGUGGCACUUUGAAAAGGAGCAGCCUCAGCAACCAAGUCUGUGUGGGCCACCAGGGUACCAGACAAGCAUCUCAUCCAGCCAGACCAGCUGUGCGCCUCUGCAGCAGCCGGAGCUUUUCAUCCCUCCACACCUCCUCUCUCACUGCCGCUCCGUUCAUGAGAAGCAGCCGCUCUCUUAACAGACUCGACCAAAGAUCCGCUGGAGACGAUUCAGACCAUGCAGUUUCAAGUUCACAAGUAAAAAAAGGACAAUCCACAAAAGAGAAAGCCCUGCGUUGUGGCCAGCCGUCCUCCGCUGAGGACCAAAUCAGGGACAACAAAGACCAGUGUCAUGGUGACAGUGCUGAGAAAAUGAAAGCAAGCAGCUCCUUUGAGACUCUGGAGUCUUCCUUGUAUUUGGUUUCCACCACUAAAUGUCAUCAUCACUGCAACAAAGUAAAGAAACAGGAGUUGAAACACUCUGCUCCUGAUGUCUCAGGCUCGUUCCUACCUCGUUACUGCCGGCCCAAAUCCCCUGAGUGCAGAGAUGUUGAGGCCUCUGCCAUUUCUGACCUACUCAACUUUAAGAAAGGAUGGAUGAUGCGACAGGAUGCAUCUGGACAGUGGCUGAAACACUGGUUUGUCCUGACUGGCCAAAUCCUGAGGUUCUACAAAGACUCAAUUGCCGAGGAGGCAGCUGAUGUGGACGGUGAGAUAAACUUGUCCACAUGUUAUGACAUCACAGACUACCCAGAUCAGAAGAACUGUGGUUUUCAAAUUCAUACCAGAGACGGAGUGUACACUCUCUGUGCUAUGACUUCUGGGAUGAGACGCAACUGGGUUCAAGCAGUGUUGAAGAAUGUGAGGCCUAGUCUUACACCUGACGUCACAAGCUCCCUUUCAGAGCAGAAGACUCAAGAGAAACACCAAACCAGUGACUAUGCAGAUGAAUCCAAGCAACAGCAGGAAAAAGAGGAGCUGCAGCCAGAGAGGGAGCAGAGCUCUGCAUCGUCUUUGAUCUCCUCCUCCUAUAUAUCCUCCCCCAUCUCACCCACCGCCUCCUCUGCUCUGUCUCCCAUCAGUCCUCCACGGCAGGUAGAGGAGGGUGAAGGCGCUUCCUGUCAUCAGUGUACGCUUCUUGUUGCGGCCACACAGACUGGUGUGGCGGAUGCAUCAUUGUGCGUUGAAGGAGCUGGAAGUAACAGCUCUACUUCCACAACGAUGCUGUCAAAAGAUGAGUGUUUUGACGAACAUUCAAACAUGCGGAGUGAAAUCGAUCAGCAAGUUCAAACAACAGCCCAGAGUGAGGAGCAACAAGUGUCAACAAACAUCACCUGUGAGCGCACGAAAGUGAAGGAAAAAUUGUCCUGUGAGCAACAAACUGGGCUACUUGUCAAAGAGCUGGAACAAAUGCAGAAGGAACUGUCUCGACUCCAGCAGUUGAACAGGAAUCUGCAGGAUGAGCUACAGCAAGAAAAAGAAAGUCACUCAAGAGAAAGGCUUUAUCCACAGAAUGAUCUUCUUUCAAAUCCCAACUCGUCUUCGGAACAAGCAUUGGCUUUACAGCGACUGCAGAAGAUAAACCAUGACCUCCGCUUUGAGCUGGAGGCUCAAAGGAGGAGUCACGAGGAAGCCAGAGAGGCUGAACUGCGGCGACGAGUAGAUCUCCUAGCUCAACAAGCACAGUUACUGGUCACAGGUGAUGCUACAGCGCUGGCACAAGCCCAUCUAGAGCAAGAUCGCCGGAUUUUUCAUGAGCAGCAGAUGGAGUGGGAGAGUUGUGUGGCCUCCCUGAAGUCCCAGCUGAGGGCCAGCGAGGAUCAGAGGACAGAGGCUGAGUCGCGCUUGACGCAGCUGCAGCAGGAGUUGCAGAAUUACCAAAGUCUCCAGCCGGAGGCGGAGCGUUUGCAGAAACACCUCCAAGAGAUGACAACUCAACUUCAUGCUAAUGAGGAAGCACAGGCUCAAAAAGAGGCUCGCCUGCAGAAGCACCUCAUGCUCCUUCAAGCAAGUCAGGACAGAGAACGGAGGAGCAUGGCUGCCAGCCUGGCACAGGCAGAGCAACACUCACAGGACCUUCAGGAGAGACUAGACAGGGCUGAACAGCAGGUGGGGAGCCUGAAUAAGACUCAGAUCUGGACCAGGGAAAUUGAGGAGGCUCGACAACAGCUUCAAGAGGAGCUAGCAUGUACAGUGUCUGCUGUGCAAAAACUUCAAGAGGAAAGAGAGCAGCUCGCCCGUCGCUGUCAAGAGCUGCAGAACCAGUUAUUUGAGGCAGAUGGGGAGGUGAGCAGGCUGCAAAGCCGCUUGAAAACAGAAGAGACACACUACUACAAUAUUGAGCACUCAUAUGAGAGAGUUUGUGAGGAACUACAGCUGGCCUUAGGGAAGGUACAGCAGACAGAGACAGAAACACAGGACAUACGAGAAGGCUACGAGAGACUCCUGGACAGGAAGGAGCAAGAGCUCAGUGAAGUGUUGCUGAAGAUGGAAGUCUUAGGCAAUAGCUUAGAGGAGACAGAAGUGAAGCUUAAUGAAGUGUUAAAAGUUUGCACCUGUGCCUCUUCUCAGCUGAAGGAUGAAUCCUCGGAGCCUACUCAGCAACAUGAGAGAGAACAACAGACAACUGAUCUUGUCACUGGAAAUGACAGUGGCCAGUUGGCCAACAGCUCAAAUGCCGUUCAACAUGCAAGACCUGUCGUCACUGCAGGAGAUGACCCAGAAAGGUUUAUGUCUGUGAUCCAGAUACUUGAAACCAAGCUUUAUGUAACAGAGGAGAAGCUAAGGGACAUCAUGCAAAGACUGGAGGACCACCAGAAUCACAUCAGCUGCCAGGACCCCCACCUUUGCUCCCAGCUCACUCAGAGUCGAGCCACUGCCCAGCACCUCAGUCUGCUGCUUCACAGUCAGACCAAGAAGAACCAGCGCUUUGCCCAGGAGACAGAAAACCACUUCAGGAUGUUGGUUGGCAGGUUUCAGGUCGCACUGAACAUCAUACAAGCCUGCAGAGAGAGGCUUCAUGUCACUCCAAUUAAUAUUACAGACUUUGAGAGAGAAUUAGCCACGGCUGCUGCCUGCCUUCAGCACGGGGAGAGAGAUGCGGAGAAACGACAGCAUGAAUCACAUAAUGCUAGCAAAGUAGAGGACAAGAUCCUUAAUGAUGAGACAUUAGCUGGAGGUGAGAACAACAUUAGCACUAAAAGUAAACUCACUAAUACAUUGCCCUCAGAGGAUGACAUGGAAAGUGUCGAGAAGUGUUUAAUGAGGGAAUUAUUUGUAGUAGAAAAAAUGGUGUCCGUCCUUCAGAGUCAACAUGGCAUUGGACAACUACUCUUAGUACCUAGAGAGGAUGGUAGAGGUGUGGCACACAGGUACAAAAGCAUAAUCUCCCAAAGAAUAGCCUUAAAAACAGAAUCAAGGAGUCAGUCUGGGAGAGCCGAAUGUGACAACAAUGAGCGUUUAGAAACGGCCAUCGGUAGAGUCUGUGCUGAAGCAGAGCUCAUUCAUGCUGCCUUAAAAUUUCAGCACCAAUAUGAGAGUGGGACUGAAGUAAAUAAUCAAGAUGUGGAGCAUCAAAGGAAGGGUCUGGCAGAUAUCAAUCCCCCAGAGUUGGCUCCUUAUGAGGAGCAAGUGCAGGAAGAGUGCAGAGGUUUAGAAGUAACUGCAAAACCAGCUGAAAAGGAUGAAGCUGGUGUCAAAAAGGCGGGGGCAGAGAAAGACCCAGACUGGUUAGAAAGACUUCUAUCCCGUCUGCAAAGACGGGCUAAGUGCUUACGCCAACUGUGCCAGGAGAUUUCUGAUGGCAAUGGAGUAGAGUGUAGUAUGAACAAUAAGUGGGAAAAUGCUUCCGCAAUUGACAUAAAUUGGAUGCAGGAGCAGGCAAAGUUGAUUUAUUUGUCAGACAGGCUGGCCUUGGAUUUAGAGCAGGAGUUGCAGCUAAGUGAGGUGUUACAGGACAAACGACAAGCUUUGUGCAAAGAGGAGGAUUUCACAUUAAAGGAUGAGCAGGAGGCUUUUAAUCACGCCUUAUGUCAGCUUCAGGAGGACAACAGUGUAUUAAGAGAAGAGCUAGAGCGUGCCGAGCAAAAGAUAAUAUCUGUAGAAACUGGGAACCAGAGACUCCUGGAAGACAUACGUAAAGUCGAGGAUUAUCACAAGGAACGGAUGAAAAAACUGGAAACAGAGUUUCAAGAGAAGAUAAGGGAACUGCAACGGAUCCAUGAAGAGGAGAUGAAACACUUGCAUGGUUACUACAUAAAGUCUUGUGUUUCCAAAGAGAAACAGACCAAAACCUACACAGAGCCACCUGCUUUCACUGAAAGUACCUCCUCCCUGCCAGACCAGACUGUGAUGGAGAGAAAAACAAAAGAGGAGGUGGGAGGUGAUGCAGCAGCCAUAAGAGAGGCUUACCGGAAAGAUCUAGAGGCAUCCUGUGAUGACGAUUGCACUGCCAUGGAGGAAACGCACAGGCAGCUGAUAGGUGAUCUAAAGCAGCAGCAUCAGAAGGAGGUGGCAGCACUUUUGAAGGAGAAAGACCAGCUGCUGCAGGAAGAGACAGCUGCCACAGUGGCAGCCAUUGUAGCAAUGAGGAGAGCCCAUAAACAGGAGCUGGAGAAAAGCCGACAGUCUCAGCACACCAAGGAGAGUGCUGACAUCACACAACUGCAAAUGGAGCAUGAGAAGGAGAUCCAGCUGAUGCAUAAAGAGCUCGAAGUGUUGUCGGUUCAGCACACUCAGAAAUGCCUGGAAAACUCUCAGCUGAACCACGAGCUGCAAGAUGAGAGACAAUCCUUGAUGCAGUACCAGAAAGAAAACCAGGAGCUCAAAAAGAAACUGAGAGAGACAGAUGAAAUGUAUCAGCUACAUUUCUCGCUAAAUGGGAAACAUUCACAUGUUGCUCCUCAAGUAAAUGACUUCUAUGAGAUGGAGGUGAUUCUGCGGGCAAGGGAGGCAGAAAUGCAGUUUCUCAGACAGGAAGCUCGUUCUCUCAGGGAAGAGUUGAAGAUUGCUCGCAUGGACAAAAUAUAUGCCCAAAACAAGCUCAAAGCCCUCUAUACAAACAGCCAGGAUGAACCCCGUCAUGAUGUCAACAAACUCUGUGAAGAUUUCAAGUUCGCCACCUGGUCCCCAAGCAGAGAGGCUUUAGGACAGCGCCUCGAGGACACUGUGACAAACACAAGUAAUGCUGCUUUUCUGAAGAAAACAGUGAAAUCAUCCCUCACACGUCAGAUCAGAGGAGUGAGAUCAAAGAGUUUAAAAGAAGGCCUUUCCAUCCAAGAAAGAAUGAAUUUGUUUGAGUCAUUUUGAUCCGAUCAAGAUGAGAAGGUGGAAUCUGUGUUUCAGAGUGAAACUGCUGUUUGGUCAGCGCAGUUUAAAGACACAAGAUACAUAAGCUUUGUCGUUUUACUAUAUGUGUUAUAUAUUUGUAAAAGUAUGUACUGUGUAAAAAAUUGAUUUGUUGUUGUUUGUUGCUGAAAACAAGCCUAGAUUGUGUGUGUAUGUGAGAGAGAGAGAGAGACAGAGAGGGAGAAGCAUCAGAAUACCACUAGAGGGAGCAACAAACAUUGGCUUUUCUAGAUAAACCUUUCUAAAGGUUUACUGUAAAAUAGUGCUCACUCAGGACAAUGCACAGUGUGACUUAUUGACACACACUGCCUGUGUUUUCAUUAAAAGUGUGUAAAAUCAGUUGUUAUUAACAUAUUGCACCACUAGAUGUAGCAUAAUACAUUUACUCUACCAGAUGAGGCAAGAGAGGCAUCUUCAGAAACACACUCAUGUUGGUGUACCUCUAUCUGUUUUUAAAACUUGAAAUCUGUUCUGUAGCUGCUGCAAACAAAAUCAGACAUGCAGGCAUUUUAAGACCAAAACUAUUUGAGCUGCAAAAUAAAAUAAGGCCAAGAAAUGUUACUAUGUUUUAUUGAUAUAUGAAAAAAUUAGUCAUAAUGUAUGAACAUUUUGUAGUCUGGCGUCAUUCAGUUAUGUGAAGACAGACAAUAAAGUAGUUGCACCUUAUUUGUCUGGGAACCAAAGACAAAAGCACAUUUGCACAUAUGUUUCCUUGUUUUCCUCUGACAAUAUGUGAUUGUGAGAGCUUCAGUAAUUAACUGCCUGCAAUGUUGGAAACAAACAUUCAGCAGAACUUAUAAAGUGUGUGAAUGGCAUUAAUGGCUUAUUAUCAGUAGCAUUCGGUAAAGAUAUGUAGUCUUUAUUGUCCCAGAGGUAGAUGUGUUUUCACACAACAUAAUAUACAUAACACUCAUAUGCAUUCAUGCCCCUAUAAAAAACAGGCCACAGAGUUUAUAUGGAAGUUUAUGCCUGAUUAAGUUUUUGGAGAACAUGCCAAACUCAUGACAUCCAUAUGCAAAUGUGAUAUGUUGCCACUUACAGUAAAAUAAAGUGUCCCCAGUGUUGAUAUAGCUGAGUUGAUAUCUGCACAGUGUGAGGCUUGGAUAUCUGGUCAACAGAAAGCUGAACUAAGAGCCCUUCUCAACAUGCAGCGACAGUGUGAACCUGAGCACUCUGGAGCCUGGCAGCUAAUGAGGAGUCUGGUGCUGGAAAACAUUGAUGGCCGUUCUCACGUGGGUGUAUUAGUGGAGCAUCAGGUCUGUGCACAGCCUGCAAGUGACAACACACUUCAGCAGAGCCUCCAACAUCAGACCAGUUGCCAUACAGAAGGAGAAGAAUCAGAAGAAACUCUGGUUUCACAGCAUUGA